CGUAUGGGCUGUCAGUGCGAGUUGAGGGGGGAGGUAAACAAGAUGGCGACAACCUGAGUGGUAAGAGUAACACGAAGAUUCAGAAAAUUCAACAGCUAGACAGACCCAAGUGAAACAUUUGCUGCACUUAGAACGGACACACAAAGGGGAAAGACCUGCAACGGAAUCAAGCUACAAUAUGGAUUUAGGUACCGGGCAGUAGUAGUUGUGGCAUGGAGGACACCUGAGGACGGUUGGACACUUUGGAUGGAUUAGUCGACCUCCAGAAGCCGACCUGAUACUAGAGAUUGGGCAGAUACUGCUGCAUGCGUUUGGCUGUAGAUCUGUGUUUGGAUCAGGUCCAGCAGUGCACAUUUAUGUGUCCUAAGGCUAACUAUGCUAUGCAGCAUGGACCUUUGACAGAAAUGCUGUGCUGUAUGGCCUUGAAGCAGGACUGGUUGCCUCUACCAAAGGCUGUCUGGUAUUAGAUUUACACAGAGGUGACACAAAGUUAGGCUGAGGAUAGUAAUCCUGAGGAGUAAUUUUUAUUUUUUUUCGCUACUGCACUUAUCACAGAUAUAGUACACAUAGUAAAAAAAAAAAAAAAAAAAUGCAAGUGUAAAGCACUAAUUCAGCACUGGGAAAGAUCCUCACUUCUGUCUCUAUCUUUUGAGUAAAAGAGCCCUAAUGUUUACAGAUUGGGAUUGAUCCCCCUUUUCCCUUACCUCUCAGGCCAGAUAACUUUCCUUCUCUCUCCAUAUUCAGUAUUUUGUAAGUUAUCUGUUGUCCAUCUCGUGGAAUUAACCCCCCCCCCCCACACACACACACACACACACACACACACACACUCAGCACUGAAGGGUCACCAGUGGAUUAUUCUCCAGCAGCAAUCAUAGUUACUUGCAAAACUUUUGCACAGGAGGUUUAAGCUGCGACUCCUGAACUAUCAGUCAUGAGUACUGGUGAGCUGCAUCAUCUUGACUAUCUAAACGAAAAUGAACUGAUGGAGAUGGAUACUUUCAUUCACCGCAUUGACUCUACAGAGGUGAUCUACCAGCCACGGAGAAAGAGGGCAAAGCUGAUAGGAAAAUACUUAAUGGGGGAUCUACUGGGGGAAGGAUCUUAUGGCAAAGUGAAAGAGAUGCUGGACUCAGAGACACUCUGCCGCAGGGCUGUAAAGAUAUUGAAGAAGAAGAAGCUGAGGAGGAUUCCUAAUGGAGAAGCCAAUGUAAAAAAGGAGAUUCAGCUGCUAAGAAGACUCCAACACAAGAAUGUGAUUCAGUUGGUGGAUGUGCUCUAUAAUGAAGAGAAACAGAAAAUGUAUAUGGUGAUGGAGUAUUGCGUUUGUGGGAUGCAAGAAAUGCUGGACAGCGUCCCAGAGAAAAGGUUUCCAGUAUUUCAAGCUCACGGGUACUUUUGCCAACUCUUAGAUGGCCUUGAAUAUUUGCACAGCCAGGGAAUAGUUCACAAAGACAUUAAACCAGGGAAUCUGCUGCUGACCACUGACGGGGCACUUAAGAUCUCCGACUUGGGAGUAGCAGAGGCCCUUCACCCAUUUGCAGAGGAUGACACAUGUCGCACCAGUCAGGGCUCUCCGGCCUUUCAGCCUCCUGAGAUUGCCAAUGGACUGGACACCUUUUCAGGGUUUAAAGUGGACAUUUGGUCUGCUGGAGUAACACUAUACAAUAUUACAACAAGUCUGUAUCCAUUUGAGGGGGACAACAUCUAUAAGCUAUUUGAGAACAUUGGAAAAGGAGAUUACACUAUUCCCGAGGAGUGUGGACCUCUCCUGUCGGACCUGCUGCGAGGAAUGCUUGAGUAUGACCCUGCGAAGAGGUUUUCCAUACAGAACAUAAGGCAACACAACUGGGUGCGUAAGAAACACCCCCCAUCUGAGCCCCCCGUGCCCAUCCCUGCCAGCGCGGAGAGCAGGGACCCAUGGCGAAGUAUGACAGUGGUUCCCUACCUGGAGGAUCUGCACGGCUACACAGAGGAGGACGAUGACGAGCUCUACGAUGGAGAGGAUGAGAUCAUAUACACUCAGGACUUCACAGUACCAGGACAAGUGGCAGAAGAAGAUAGGGAUCAGGCGAACGCAGACCACAGUCCAGCUGUAGCCAAGCCAGUUUGUGUGAACGGAACAGAGGGGGUGUCUCUGAACAGCAAAGCCAAAGCUGAGCGUCGAUCCUCUUCAUCAUCUAACCCAUCACGCAAAGGAGUUUCCACAGCCAGCAAGAUCCGCAAGCUUUCAACCUGCAAACAGCAAUGACCCUCCAUUCUCUCUCCACUGGCAACAGCCCACCUGGUUAAUCUGUCCCCGUCCUUCUGUGUCUGGAGUCAGAAACCUGCUGAUGUUAAAGCCCCCAUACCUCCUUGGACCACUGGUCUGCAGAGUCUUGUAACGGUAGCGGUAUGAGUGACGGGGAGGAGGACAGCAUGAAAUGUUCUUUUUGCUCUGAGACUGAAGCACUGGCUGUGAAGAUGGUGUGUUUUCCCCUCUCCCUUAUUUUGGCUCCUUCGACUCCUGUCAUACAGUUCCGUCAACCAGUCACCUCCUCUUCAUCCUGUCGGCCUCUUCGAGGGGGUCAAACGUUGCACCGGACUUUAAAAACACCAUCACUUCUGUUUCCUUUGAGCCACCUCUCCACCCUGUUUUGGUUCUUUGACUACAUUUGUUUUUACAGAACCCUAAUGGCAGUUUUUAAGACACAUUGUGAUGUGUAAAAAAAACAAAACAAAAAAAAAAUUAAAAAGAUAAAAGUCAUGAAUAAUUCUAUAUUUAAAUCUAUGAUGAGAAUAAUUAUGAUAGUACUCUACUACCACCAACGUUAAAACUGCAUGCUGUACCGAGCUGAAGAAAGGGAAAGUGCUUGGUUUGUGGACAGAUUGACAGACUGAAGCCUUGAGAUCCACUGCUGGCCUGUUGGGGAUUACCGUUUCUGAUUUCCAUUUUGUUUUUACUUUUUCUUUUUUCCAAUGAAUAUUUUUUAAUUAUUAUUUAUAUAAAAUAUGUCCCAAACAGGCUGUUUUGUUGGAUGAUCCUUUCUGUUCAACUUUGAGUUGAGCAUAUUUUUGUUAUGCAAUACAAAUUCAGUUGUUUA